AUGCCAGACCAAGACACAACAGCGCACAAGCGCACCGCCUCCUCAACAUCCGCAAUCACAGCCGGCGCCUCGCCCCCCUCAAAACGGCCCGCCGCCGCACCAGCCCCGGCGCCCCUGCGCCGCGACUUCCCCCACGCCGUCAACCUCGUCCUCUACAGAGACGGCGACGAGACGGGCUCCGCGACCACCGUCCUGGGCGUCUUCGCCGCGCUCGCCGACGCCAACGACGAGGUGCGCCGGCUCGCGGAGGAGCAGGGCGCCAAGCUCGACGAGAACGAGACCAACAGCGCGAUUGCUGAGCCGGCGCGGUGGGAGGGCCCCGACGGCGCGAGCAUCUGGGUCGAGGUGCACGGCGUGACGCCAAAGAAGAUUGUGCCGAGGAAGGUGGAGCCCGCCGGGGAGCCGGUGAAGAAGCUCUAUGAUGCGGAGGAGGGCGAGGAUCCUGACUUGGACGAUGAUGAUGCUGAUGAGGGGGGCCACUAUGACUGA